CCUGAGAGUGGUAACCCUUCAGGCCCUGGUGGUCAACAAUUUCGAGAAGCUGCACACCAGGACAAUUGAGACCGCCACUACUGGUACCCAAACAGCUGCGAAGCCGCCGCACACUGGCUCAAAGAGGCUGCGCGAGUCGCCUCAAAUGGCUGCGGAGCCCACAAAGAGGCAGAGAGGCACAAAGUUUUAACAAGCGUCGACCCAGCUCAAACCGCCGGCGCAGUCCCAGGAUGAACUAACCCCCUCGGGUACAGUGGACCAUGGUGCCACCCCAGCCGCUAAGAAACAGCUCAAGUGGCAGCAGGUGGGCCCUAGGGGCGAGCUUAGCUAUAGCGACAUCCUCCGUAUGGUCACCAGGCGCCAGGAUGGCAAGCUUCAGGAGGUAGGGGAUAAUGUUAACAGAAUCAGGAGGACGGCAAAGGGCGAGCUGCUGCUCGAGCUCAACGGCGCGAGCAAAAGCAACACAGCUAAGCUCAAGGAGGACAUCAGCGCGGCACUGGGACUGCAGACGGGCAUCAGGGCGGUGUCAGAAGAACUCUGCGUGGAGGUCAGGGAUCUCGACAGCCUGGUCGAGAAGGAGGACAUCGCAGCAGCGAUAGCUGCAUCGAUAGACGCCCCCAGCGUGGACACCAGCGCCAUUAAAAGCCUGAGGCCAUCGUUCGCUGGUACGCAACCGGCAGUUGUGUGCCUGCCGCCCGUGCAGGCAAGAGCCCUGCUCAUGGUGGGGAAACUUAAAGUCGGAUGGACAAGCUGUAGGAUCCGGGAGCGGACAGCUCAACGACGAUGCUACAGGUGUCUGGAGUUUGGGCAUCUAACAAUCAGGUGCAAGAGCGCGGUGGAUCGCACCGGAUGCUGCCUCAGAUGCGGCGUGAACGUGCACAAGUAG